UGCCCACUUGAUCAUUACGUAUACUACACGGUUUUUAAGUUUAGUCUAAAAAUGUGUUAUACAGCCUAAUUAUAAUUGCAUAACUUUUUGUAUAAGUGUCUGAGUGUUCUGUUUUCAAUUGAGAAAACAAUUUGUUACACACGCCCCUGGGAUGUUUGGACCUUCCAGGUUACCGUACCGGCUUGUAGCAGUGUGACUCUGGAGGGGCGGCGCCACAAUAUACUGUAAAUUGUGGCCUAAUGUACUGUAUUGCUAACGGAAUAUCAUGUUAAAAUGAGUUCAUCUGAGAUGAAAAUCGUCACUGUAAUCGGCAGUGGGCUGAUAGGUCGCUCCUGGGCUAUGGUGUUUGUCAGUGGAGGCUUCAGAGUAAAGCUCUAUGACAACCAACCAGGACACGCUGCUAAGGCCAUCGCAGAGAUGAGGAAGCAGCUGGAGGAGCUGGAGGAUGCCCACAUGCUGAGAGGUGAGCUGACCGCUAUGCAGCAGCUUGCCCUGCUCAGCAGUCAUGAUGACCUAUCUCAGGCACUGGAGGGAUCUUUCUUUGUUCAGGAGUGUGUAUUUGAGCAGCUUGAGGUCAAGCAGUGUGUCUUCCAGGAUGUAGAACAGCUUGUAGGAACAGAUGUCAUCCUGAGCAGCUCCACCUCCUGUCUAGUGCCAAGCAGUGUUUUCUCUAAAGUGCAGAACAAGAGUCGCUGCCUCGUCUCCCAUCCGGUAAAUCCACCCUACUAUGUCAAACUGGUGGAGCUGGUGCCUCACCCAGAGACAGCAGGGGCAGUUAUAGACACCACCCAUGCCAUAAUGACCAAGGUUGGCCAAGCACCAAUACGCCUGAAGAAAGAGAUUGAUGGUUUUGCCCUCAACAGAGUCCAAGCAGCCAUUAUCGCAGAGUCCUGGAGGCUGGUCCAGGAUGGCAUUAUCUCAGUCAAGGACAUCGACCUGGUGAUGUCAGAGGGCCUAGGAAUGCGUUAUGCCUUCAUUGGUCCCAUGGAAACGAUGCACCUUAAUGCACCUAAAGGUCCUGCUUCUGGUGGUGUGCACAGCUGAGACACAUCACCUGUUCAGUGGUUACCGGGGUGCAACACAGCUGUGACACAUUUCCUGAUCGCCAACGUCGAUACUUAAGGUGCUGGCAAAUGCUCCUGCGUUGCCAGUACGUUGAGGAUGUUCUUCUACACAGUUUGGUUUCGCUACUCUUACGCUACUUCACCUACGAGACUUCUGAGGACUCCACCCUCCGAGUACAUCAGCUGUCAUAUCUCUCAGUGGCUCGAGUGUCAUCUGCAGCGGCUUGCAUUUCCUGAACCACGCAUCUCUACUCACCUUCCCUGAGUUUACGGCUAAACUCCUCACCUGGUCAAGCCAGCCUGCAUGUGCUUCCUGCAAUCUUCUCCUCUCCACUGCAACUCUCUUUUUUGUUCCUGGCAUCUCCCUCUACCCGG